AAGAGAGAGAGAAAGAGAGAGACUCCUGGGGCUAGGGGAAGCAGGCAUGUGGAUGAGUGGGGGACAUACCAAACUCAUCAAUUAAACCCCCUUGAAAUUAUUGAGUUUGUGACAGGAAAGAAAGAAAAAGAAAGCCCCAAACCAAGAAACCCCCCAUCCUCUUUUCUCCCUCACUCUCGCUCUCUCUCUCUUUCACAGCUUAUAUUUGGCUUGGUACAGUACAGCAUUUUUUGGUCAGUGUAUGAAAAAGGAAAACCAAAAGCAUAAGCUACCACAAGUUUCUACAGAGCCUGGCCUUUUGUUUCUCUUUGAAGAAACAAAAGCCUUUCUUUCUUCUCCGUUUCUUCUUCACUCAAAAUCAUUGAAGAUGCCUAGACCAGGUCCAAGACCUUAUGUCUGUGAGAGAAGAGCUUGGCACAGUGAUAGACACCAACCCAUGAGAGGUUCUCUCAUUCAAGAAAUUUUCAGAGUUGUAAACGAGAUUCAUAGCUCAGCAACCAAGAAGAACAAGGAAUGGCAAGAGAAACUUCCUGUUGUUGUCUUGAAAGCAGAAGAAAUUAUGUAUUCCAAAGCCAAUUCUGAGGCUGAGUACAUGGACCUUAAAUCCCUGUGGGAUCGAACAAAUGAUGCUAUUAACACAAUCAUUAAACGCGAUGAGAGUACUGAAACAGGAGAGCUUCUUCAACCUUGUAUUGAAGCUGCUCUCAAUUUAGGCUGCACCCCAAGAAGAACCUUGAGGAGCCAACGCAAUUGCAAUCCGAGGUGUUACCUUAGCCCGGGCACUCAAGAAGCAGAGAACACUACUCAAGCAAAUCUCACAACUAACCCAAAUUUCAUGGCUAGUUAUUCUGGCUUCAUGAAAUCCACAAUCAUGAACGUGACUCAUUUGGGCUCUGAAUCUCAGAAGCACAUUGCCCAGGACAGUAAUUGCACCACUUACAAGUUUCCUUUUGCAUCUGAGAAUGGGCCUCUUCCUAGUAAUAGCCAAUGCUUACCUAUGGAGAAGUAUCCUCCUCCUAAUUUGUAUUCAGUUUAUCCUCUUUACUAUGGAAACCACCUUCAAUUUGAAGAAAUGCAGCAUGGUUUUGGAAUCUUCCCCAAGUCAAUUUCUAACACGGUAGAGCCUGCUAAGAUGGGUGUCAUUGAUAACCUCUUCUCUUCUGAUGUGGACUCUUCAAAUAACAUGAACCAAACGGAUGUGAGCAAUACUUCUAACAACCCACAUGAAAAUGCCUGUGAUCUAUCGUUGCGGUUGGGCCCUCUUUCGAUACCUUGCCUGAGUGUUGGAAAGAGUCGGCCUCAGGUAAUUGAAGACACUGGUUCCACCUCCCUAGAGUGGAACAGGUUCGGUGAUCUGACACCAUCAAUUGAUAAAAUGUUAUCUUCCUUUCCUAGGAGCAACAGAGAUGACCCUUUGAACUCAUCUUUAAACAGAUGGAGUCUAGAAGGUGAGCAUGUGAAUGUAGAUGCAACAAUGAGAAAGAGAAAGACAGUUUAUGGUCCAACAGUGGAUCAGCAAUUUUGUUUGCCGCCAAAGCUUCCUUACAGCCACUUAACUGGAAGAAUGAAAAGUGCAGGAUCCUAGACUCAGUCCCUUUAGACCAUUGACAUGGCCUUGGUGAGUAUGUGCUGCUGAAGCUCUUUUUUUUUUUUUUUUCUUUUUUUGCCAUCUUUUUGUAGUUAUAGUUAUGUGUUGAUGAGCAGUGUGUUUAAACGUUGCAAGAAUGUGAGGUGUAAAUAUUGAGUGAGUUUCAGUUAGACGAGGCAAUCACCAACAAACGGACUGAAGGGGCUCUUGAUCCGCAAUGUAUAAAGAAUGUUGUCUUACAUGUUGCUGCUUGUAGAACUUUAAACCCUAUUAGUCAAUGUUAACUUUUGAUACCGCUA